AUGGCUAUAAAUGGCUAUAUCUAUAUGAAUUAUGAUGAAUCUCCUGUACCAGAAAAAUUUGCAGCAUUUCAAGCAGAAGGGCGGAAAAAUCGUCCUUCUGACAUUGAACACAGAGCAAUGGUUGACUCAGAAUGCACCAGUGAUGCAAGGGUUCGUCUCACUGAAGGAAGGGGGAAUCAAACUGUCCCAGCCUUCUCCCUCCUGGGAUUUUCUGAUCUCCCAGAGCUCCAGAUUUUACACUUUGUGACAUUCCUUUCCAUUUACUCAGCGGCCUUGGUGGGGAACUUCCUUCUGAUGCUGACUGUAGUCCAGAAUCAGUCUCUUCACAAUCCCAUGUAUUUCUUCCUAGCCAACCUCUCUUUAUCAGAUGCUUGCUAUAUCUCUGCCACUGUCCCCAAAUCCAUGGCGAUUUCCUGGACAAACAACAAACUGAUUUCUUUCCCUGGAUGUGUCGCGCAAGUGUUCUUAGUGUUGACUUGUGCAGGUGUCGAGCUGACCUUUCUGGCUGUGAUGGCUUAUGACCGCUAUGUAGCAAUUUGUCAUCCUCUACAAUACACAAUGUUGAUGAACUGGAAUACUUGCAUCCAAAUGGCAGCAGCGUCUUGGAUCAGCAGCAUAAUCAGUGCUUCUAUGAAUACUGCAAACACAUUCAGGUUACAUUUUUCCAGCUCUAAGAUUGAACAAUAUUUCUGUGACAUCCCCCAAUUAUUAAUGAUUUCUUGCACUGAUACAACUGCCAAUAUGGUGGUUCUUGUUAUUGAAGCAGUGGUUAUUUGCUCAUUUUGCUUUUUCGGUAUUGUAACUUCUUAUGCAUUUAUCUUGCAAAACGUGCUAAAAAUUAAAUCAGCCAAGGCCAGGUCUAAAGCCUUUUCCACUUGCAUCCCACACUUGACUGUGCUUUCCUUGUUUCUCUCUACUGCUUUGUUUUCUUAUAUGAAACCAAAAUCCAUGUCUUCUGCACCAGUAGACCUGACGGCUGCUGUAUUGUACACCAUUUUGCCACCACUCCUGAAUCCCAUUAUUUAUAGUCUGAAAAACAAAGAAAUCCAUGUAGCCAUGCAGAAAAUGUUAAAGAAACGGUUUGGAUUUUGCGUGAUCAUUUGAUAAACUUCCCAGUGAACUAAGCCCAGUUGAUACUAGUGUAAA